CGAGCGGAGGAGGAUCCAGGAAGGAAGGAAGAGGACGACGACGACGACGACGACGAGAUGAAUCAGCCAGACAGAUUCGAGCUUUUCCUGCUGCCGGAUGGCGUGAAGAAACUGAACAUCACUCCAGAUUCGCGGAUCCCAAACACAGUCAACAUCAAGUUCGAGCGUGAAGACCACACGCUCGGCAACCUGCUUCGUUCGUCGCUGCUUCAGGACCCGCGGGUUCUGUUUGUGGCUUACAAGAUCGAGCACCCGCUGUUUGCAAACUUCGUGCUGCGACUGCAGACGGAGGAAGAUAGUCCGCCGUUGGAGGUCCUGAGGGAUGUGAUUAUGGUCGUGAUCGGUCAGCUCGAGGAGCUCAAGCAGCAGUUUCAUAAGGAGUGGGAGAUUAAGCAUAUCGCGGGGGAUGAUUAUGAUUAGCGGAUGGUGAGGAGAAUCGCGGGUUUCUGCGUGUAUUAUAUGUCUGGGUAUUUAGUUAUGUUUUAGUUAUGUGUUAUUGGCUUACGGAAUAGGAAAGAAUUA